AUGGGAUCAACCAAUGUCACGUAUUUCCCUUCGGGACCUGAUGCUACCACCGAACCUGUUGCUACGCCAUGCCCCUCAAUUCCCAGUGCACUGCCAACCCCGACGGGACCCAAUGCACCUACAGGCCCAAGUGCUACACCUGUCCCGAUGGGAUCCAAUGUCACUCACUCCCCUUCGGGACCUAAUGCUCCCAUCGGACCCGGUGCUACGCCUUCCCCUAUGGGUUAUAAUGUUACGCUAUCUCCCACCGGUCCCAAUGCUCCUACCGGCCCUGGUCUUACGCCACCUCCCACGCCACCAGUGACCUCUAAUUCUCCCAAUACUCCAUAUGCUCCCACGGCUUCCGAUGUCAUACCAACUCCUACCAAACCAAGUGCUACGCCAUCUCCAACGGCACCUCAUUCUCCACUUUCUCCUACAGGACCCAAUGCUCCCACAGGACCCAUUGCUACGCCUGCACCUACCACCCCUUCUCCAACGAUCCCAAGAACCACUCCUGCCCCUCCAUCGACCGGACCGAAAACAUGCAUUAACGUGUCUGUAGAGCAAGAUGCAACCUACUGCAUUGAAGGGCCUAUUUGCAGCGGCUCUGGUGAUUCGCCAGCCGGAACGUUAUGCCCCAAGAUGGGCGACCGCGCCGUUCAGGAUUGCCGCGACGCAUUGGUCAGCUACUCGAGCUCCGGCAGUUGUAUCGCCCCUGUUGAUGCCAUGUGCGCUAAGAUCAAGACUGGUGCCUGGGGCUGUGUGUUCGAGGCAAGUCUUAUGACCCCAACAGCUACGAGAAACGAAUCAACUGCGCCUGGAUCAAGUGAGAAGGUCACCCUGGACCAAACGAAAGAUGACGAAUUGAUUGAAACUCCAGUUCCAUCUCCGACUACCAGAGCGCCGUCCACUGAAGCCCCGUCCACUGGAGCUCCGUCAGCCGGUCAGACUCCCGACUUGACUGUCACAAAUUCUACAUUAUCAAACCAGACGGAUGAAGUGACGUCAAUUGGUGCUUCCACGGCUUACUUCACAGAAACUGGCACUAACAUGUCGUACGAUGCCACCGAUGCCUCGGAAGUUGAAACCGACAUGCCAUACGAUACGACCUCAGCCAACAAAACUGGAAUUGACAUGCCACAGAAUUCAUCUGUGACCUCUGAAAACGGAGUGUACACAGCCAAAAUUACUUCCACGGAUUCUGAGACAGGAGCUACUCUUGCGCAGAUGACGACUGAGACACCUGCGACUUUUUCGGAUACAAACACAACAUUGGAUUACGCCGAGCAAAAUGAUGAUGACACUCCUACAUUAUUCACAUCCUUCGCAACUGCGGGAAGCUCGGAAGGGCCGGAAUCUAAUUUGAAUGGUCUUGGAGCGACAACAAUUGUCGGAAUUGUCGCUGGUGUUUGCGCUGUUGUUGCUGUCGCGGGUUUCACAGUGUAUCGCAUCCGUCAGCGUCGUAAUAACGGUGGAGCGUCCCCUAGCGCUUACUACAGCCAGCAAGAUGCGCUAUGA